AUGCCGCUGUUCGGACGCAAGAAGAGCAGGACGUCCACCUUUAGCGCACACUGGAAUGGGCGACACGUCGCGGCCAAGGUGGUGGACCUGUCGGCCACCAGCCAAAAGAGUUUGGCCAAUGAACUUCUCAAAGAAUUGCGUCGCGAAGAAGAAGUGGCCAGCGCGCUUCGACACCCAAAUAUCGUGCAAUUCCUGGGCUCGGCCUGUGCGCCUCCACGCUACUGCCUCGUGUUCGAGUUCAUGGAAGGAGGCACACUGGCUUCCUUAGUCCGGGCCAAGUCUAAGCCACCGCUUGACUUCUUCCGGCUGGCCAACGACAUGGCCCAAGGCAUGAGUUAUCUACACGAACACUCGAUCAUGCAUCGAGAUCUAAAGAGCAGCAACGUGCUGCUAGACGCCCAGGGAUCGGCUACAAUCUCGGACUUUGGUCUCAGUUGUGUCAUGGAAGUGGGUCGGUCUGCCGACCGGACUGCCGAGACAGGCACGUACGGGUGGAUGGCCCCUGAGGUUAUUCGACACGAACCUUACUCUAGUAAAGCCGACGUGUAUAGCUUCGCUGUGGUCAUGUGGGAGCUGUUGGCCAAGGAUAUUCCAUUCAGGGGGCAGACACCAAUGCAGACUGCGAUGGCCGUGGCCGAGCAUCAGAUGCGGCCAGCGCUGCCAAGCACCACGGUACCCAAAAUCGCCGAGUUAAUCGAGCACUGCUGGAAUCAGGACCCGACACGGCGACCGGACUUCAGUGCUAUUGUCAAGGUGCUGCCUUAUGUUAAACAGACACUGAGCAAGACGGACUUCAAGACCGCGGGCAUUUUGUACACAACUUAGGAGAUGUAAAUACCGGCACCUUUCUCCUGUUUGAUUUCUUAGUUAGGAUAUCCAGUCUUCGGUUUGUAUAAAUUCUCAAGUUUGGAAAUAUUUGCAGAAAAUAAAGAUCGCGACUCCUCACUAUUA